CAGAUCUCGAUAUUUGACAUGUAUUUAGAAAUUAAGUUUGUUUUUCAUUCCACGCUGACGAAAUCGCGGGCCACAGUUCGGUGUUAUAUCGAAACGAAGUAUGAACACUGCUCAUUGAAAUAGCAGAUGGGCGGUUAGCCACUUAGUGGAAAGCGAACUUAAGUUUUAGCGGGUCCCGCGAGCGUCGUAUUGGGAGACGGGUGAUGGCGCGCAUGCUCGCGGCCAGAGUUCGGCGUAUCGAACUGGCGCGCGCACCGCGAUGAGACGCGCGGAGUGCAGUCUGCCUCAAGCCCGGAGGCGCGAGGACGUGACGCGUGCAUUGCGAGUGUCGGCGGCAUGCGCGCGUGUGCGUGGUGGGCAGCUCUCGUGCUGGCGGUGGCGCGCGCGCGCGAGCUGGAUCCAGUCGCUUGCUCGGCGCGUUUUGACGUGCAGCGCGACAAGAUCAUCCGCACGGAGGAGUCGCGCGAGAUGGGCGCGCGCUACCUUGCCGAGCUGGACGUGGGCUCGCGCGCCGAGUGCCUGCGUCUCUGCUGCGAGACCGACGCUUGUGACGUGUUCGUGUUCGAAGAGAAGAGUCCUGGGAGUUGCUACUUGUUCGCAUGCGGCCCUCCCGAGGACUUCCGCUGCAAAUUCACGGCGCACGGCAACUUCAGCAGCGGCGUACUGGCGCUGAGCCGGCGGCUGGCCGAGCGGCAGGACCGGCAGCGGCACGAGGAGCAGUUGGCGCGCCUCAGAAAUCCCUCAACAACAAGCAGGCCGGCAGCCACAGCGGUCCUGUCCCCGCGGCCGCCUGGCACCCUGGCGACGCCAGCGGGGCUGCCGCAGCAGCAGGCGUCGCCGACGCAGUCGCAGCAACCACAACAGCCCCGGCGCUGCAGCCGUUACCAGUUCGAGUGCCGACGCGGCGGCGAGUGCAUCGCCGUUUACAACGCUUGCGACGGCGUGCCGCAGUGCGCCGACCAUAGCGACGAGGCGCCCGAGCUUGGUUGUCCCGCACCCGUCGCGCCCCUUGCGCCCGCGGCGCCCCCUGCGCCUGCCGCGACCCCUGCACCUGCCGCGCCUUCUGCGCCCCGUCCGCCGCACGCGCAGGUGGAGCCGGCGGCGGCGGGUGCGGCAGGUGCAGCAGCGACAGGGGGCGCGGCGGAUACUAUGGGUGCGGGGGAAGCUGGGGAUGCGGGGCAGCCGGAGGGCGCGGACGCAGGAGAGCUGUGGCCGUGGAGACUGACGCAGGCUCAGCGUCGCUAUCCCGGUGUGACAGGGCUGGGGGGCGCGGGGGGCGCGGGGGUCGCGGGGGGCAGCACGCCGCACAUCUUCAGCCACCAGGGCGGACUGCUGCAGAGUGGCGCGGUGGCGCCGGGCUGGCCGCGGCGCGCCUGGCCGCUCGGCCCCCCGCCCGGGCCCCCGCCGGACGCGUCUCGCAGCGCAAUGGAUAGCCUCGAUGGCGACGGCGAUGGCGAGGGCGAAGAGACAGGGCGCGGGCCCGCGGUUGCGGAGGGCGCAAGCGGCGGGAGGCACCGCACGCGGCCUGGGCCGUGGCCGGAGGAGAGGCCGGGGGCGUGGCCGGAGGAGCGCCCCAGAGCCUGGCCGGAGGAGCGCCGCGCCUGGCCGGUGCCCGCGCGCCUCAACCCGCAGGAGGCGGGUGUGUACGCGCCCGAGAGGACGAUGCCGGAGCUGCCGCUGUACGUCGCCGCGGAGCCGCAGCGGCCCGCCGCGCCACACGACGCGCCCAAGAAAGGCCUCGAAUUGCUGGCCCCAGGCCCGCGCGCACCGCCCGCCGCCGCGCCCCCGCCCGACCGCACCGAGCCUCAGUCCCAGCCCCAUCCCCAGCCCCAGCCCCAGCCCCAGCCCCGGCUCGAAGACAAAGACACGGAAAAGAAGUUCUUGAAACAAAUGUAUUACACUGGCUUCUUCACUGCAUACGCUGUUAGAAACAAAACUGGCAUGGGUCUGUUUCAUCCCCGUAAACCAUUCAGACGAGUUAACUGCGCGAAACGUAAUCUGUACCGUCUUCUUUUUACCGAGAAGGUGGCGUUGGGGCGGCAGGCGGGGCCGGGGCCGGGGGCGGAGGCGCACGACGGCCCCAGCGAGCGCCCGCCGGCGGCCGUGCUUCUGCUCGUGUUGGUUCAUGAGGAUGAGGGAUUGUAUGUUUUUUUUCGUAUAAUGGAAAAUUGGGUACUAUUACUAUUUAGUCGUGAGAGGCGUCGAGAACGUAAGUACGUUUGGGAAAGGGUAACGCUGCAUUUGUGCGCAGGGACGCUGAUGACGGCGGCGCUGGGCGCGCUGCUGACGUGCCGCGCCCGGGCCGCGCGCUCCCGCCGACGCGCCCACCCGCGUCUCGCGCUCGACGCCGACUACCUCGUCAACGGGAUGUACCUGUAGCAGUCCGCGUCGCCCUCUGCCCCCGCUUUGUAAACCGACGACACUUUCAAAGGUUUUUUUGUUGUAAGAUGGUUAAAUUAAAAGUAAUGGUGGCACGUCAACGGUCCACGAUGCGGAAUGGACGCGAGUCUGAGAAACCAUGUACUACCUACAAAUAGUCAGCGUAACACAGCGAGGCGUGAGGUUAACCUCAUUAUGGUAUGAUUUAAAUAUAAUGUGCAAUACAUUCGUAGUUACUGUUACUGGCUAGGAACAUAUUAUAAUUGUGAAUAUUAAUGUGGUAUAAACAAUUUUCAUUUAUGAUAAAAAUAAAUAUUCAAGGAGAAACGGGUAUUGCUUACAGCGGCAACAGGCGACAGUUGUCCGCUAGAUAACUAGAUAACUAAUUGAAUAAUGUACAAAAGUAAGUGAUACCGCGACGAGAACUAAUAAAUAAAUAUGCGAAUAGAGCAGCCGGAAAAGUUUUUUCUAUAAAACUAUAAGUUUAUUGAACUAUUAGAAAAACUGUGAUAGCUUUAGUCAGCCAGAGCAUAUAUGUAUGUAUGUAUGUGAUUAUUGGCUUUACCUGAUUAUUUAAAUAAUAUUGUUAUCAUUAAAAUCAGUUAGUAGUAGUGUUAUAUAAAUAUCUGAAAUCACUUAUCGUGACUUCUGAUUCAAUUGAAUGUCAUGAAUGUUCUGGCAAGACCUGAAACAGAUGAAAACAGUAUUCACCGACAUGUGGGUGACUUAU